GAAACGUGCAAGUUAAUUAAACAAUUUCAAUUUAGGAACAGUGUGUAAACUUGAUCACGCACUUGUAUGUUAUGAAAAAUGACGUUUUUGAUAAUCGUAGUUAUCGCAGUUUAAUUAUUAUUCAGCACGUCUGUGAUAUAAAAAUGCUUGAACAUGUUACUUCGACGGUCAGAAAAGUUUCGGCACCGAGUGUAAAAAGUGUGUUUUCACUGAUCAAAAUUGGUAAAAAAAAUCUUAACUUUGUUUAAUGUGAUCAUCAAACAUGAAGAGUUUUAUUUUAAUUUUUCUAUUGCAAUUUGUGGUGCUAAUCGUAGUUAGUCAACCAGUGAGCGAAUUAGCUGAGGUUGAUGAUACAGAUAACAUAAAUUACGGAGCACACAGGUAUCCCAGAAACUUGAAAUCGAAGUAUCCACCAUGCAAAAUCAACCAAUAUUUUGACGAAGACAAAGGCCAUUGUAUGAGCGUGAUCGGAGGUGGAAGGGCUCUUUACAUAAAUAAUACAAAAUCUUGCGAGUCGAAUACAUUAAUACCACAUUGCACAAAUCCGAGAUACUACUACAUUUGUAAAAAAGAUAAAAUCAUAUUAGCCGAAUGUUCUCAAAAGAGACACUUCGAUACUCAUCUACAAAAAUGCGUCUUAGUUCCUCGUGGAAAAUAUAUUUCUGCUAUCAACAGAGAAAAUUCGGAUAUUUUGGAUUCCUCUCAACAUCUCGAAUGUCGAAAAUUGGGCUCAUUUCCAGUUCCAAAUAAUUGUGGUUUAUUUUAUACUUGCUCGGUUUCCGGUCAUCGAAUGCAUCAAAAUUUCUAUACUUGUCCAAAAAAUACGGCUUAUGAUACAGAAACCGAAUUGUGCAAGCCCUCGCAUACUUGUCAUCAGCGAAAACCGUCACCCUUGUGCGAGGAUCGCCUAUUCCAGCAGCUUUCGAGAUCCUCUGGAGAGGAGAAAUUAAGACAUUGUGAAACGAUAUUUACGGACGAAGAAGAAACUACUACUUCGACGUCGCAUGAAGAUAAAAUUCUGUCGACAACUACUGCUCGCGCCGUACCACCCAUAUCUGAAUUCACGGGAUCAGGUGAUAAUAGCGAUAUUAUAACGACGACGGAACGUGCUCCGGAAAAGUCACGUUCUACAAACACAGAUCUCGCGAUACGUACAACUGAAACAAUCGCAGAAGAUGCCACGACUGAAGUUAAUUCGCCUACAGUGAUAAAUGAUAAUGAAGAAUUAUCUACAACCUUAGGGCCAUCCGAAGAUCAUACUGAAACUACAACGAAUGAUUCUAACGAGCAAAGUGGCACUGCAUCAACAAUUUUAAAUGAUUCAACAACUCCCGGUAAUAAAGAACCAGAAAUAAGUACAAACGAACCAUCCGCAGAGAUUCCUAGUUCUGAAGAAAUUAGCCAAAACUCAACUACUGAAACCGAAAGCAUCGGUAUAACAUCGUCAAUUCUUGUCGAUCCAGAAACUUCUAGCAAUACAGAAUCGGAAGAACAAAUUACAGAAACAAGCUCGAUUUCAUCUACAACGUCCUUAGAAAUCGAAACUACUGAGGAACCAAAUGUGGAAAAUCAAACUCCAUCAGGAAGUGCAGAAAAUGCUACGACUCCUAGUAAUUCAGAAUCAAACGAAGAACCAAUACUUCCAACUGAACCGUCUUUAGAAAUUCCCACCGAUGAAUCUGAUUUUAGUACAACGGGUGAAUCGACUACUGAAAUCAACACUGCAUCAACAAUUUUAACAUCUAGUUCAAGUGUGGAAAACGAAUUGACUACAGAAAUAAAUCCACCACUUGUGGAAAUUACGGCAGAAUCUGAAGAAACUAAAGGAGAAUCGGUUACAGGAAUAGUACCAACUGAACCGUCCUCCGAAAUCGGAACCCCUGGAGUAUUUAUUAUGGAAAAUCAAGAAUUUACUGAAGAACCAAUUACUGAAACUGAAAUUACUGAUAUUACUCCAAAUAUUUUAACUGAUUCACCGUUAUCUAGUAUCAAGGAAACACAUGAGGAAACAAAUACAGAAACGGAUACAAAUAAUUCAUCGUUAGAAAUAACUACACCAAGAAAAAAUUCAGAAGACGAUGGUAAAGAAAGUAAUGAACAAGUUCCUAAUGAAGAUGAAUCCACUGAAUCAUCAAAUAAUAAUUGGAAUGGAAUGAUAACCACUGAACCAACAAGCUGGAUCAGCACCGUCGAACAACCUUUGUUGCAGAAUGAUAAUACAGCACCUGAAAUUAAUACUGAAGAAAUAAUAACGGAGAAGCCAAAUUCUAUGCCUUCAGAGUCUGAUAUAUCAUCAAUAGAUCUAACAUCCGUAACAAAUGACGAUUUUGAUGCACAUAUCGAAAGUAGCACAGAGCCAGUCAAAUCGUCGUAUAAGCGUCCACAUUCUCCGAUUACAGAUACUGAGAACGUAUGUAACAAUGUUGCAGAAAAAGAAUCUGCGACUAAACCGAAUCAUACGCAUUUUGAAAAAAUGAGAUCAAAGAAUGUUGCAUUACCUCUUGCGUCAGCAGUAUCAAGUAUCAUUGAUAAGAUUAAACAUUGCUUGAAAAAAAUUUUCGAGGAGUUACAUCACUGAAAAAUUCUUAUAAGAUGCAUUGAUAAGUUUUUAUUUUAAAAAUUUGCAUUGACGUAUUAAAUUAAAAAUAUUAAUAUAACAGAUACACACAAGGAUAAAGAUAAUAAAUAAAUCACAUAUAUUUUAAAAUAUAAAUUAUGUAUAUU